GGUGUUGCAGAUACUCGAUGAACGAGUAUCACAGUGUAUCUUCGUUUCUGGCAUUUAUCGUAAAUAUAACGUAUUUUUAUAAGACAAAGAGCAUGUUCAUCACUGAUUGAAGACUGUCUGCAUUAUAACAUAACGUUACAAAACUUUAAAUGAAUAGUUUGUGAUAUUGUCUUACCUACCAUACAUUUUCUAUCAUGGAUAUAAGAAAUGAUCUGUUACAUUCUUCUGACUCUGUGCAUUCUUUGUCUUGUAUUAAUACACAUAAUAUUGAUGAGUUAUCAAAAGAAAAAGAAGAGGAGCUAUUAUAUGGUACAGGUGAUGAUGGUGAUGAAGAAGAUGCUCUUUCAGAUGAUAGUAUGCGUUUAAGACUCUCUGAUGAUGAGAUUGAGACAGAAGAUAUUUUAACUCCUACUUUAAACAAUCAAGAAAAUACAUCAAAAAUAAAUGAAAUUGAAAUGACAUCUACAAAAUCUGAUAUGGAAAUUUUAUCUAUUCAAGAAAACAAUAAAAUAAAAAAGAAUGCAGAUGUGAAGAAGGAGGAACAGUGUUUAGAUAAUGAUUCUAUGGAUGAUAAGAUAUUAAUUGAUUAUGAAAAAAUUGUUAAAAAAGGAGAAAAUGAGGAGACAAAAAAAUCAGAAACAGUUCAUGUUUCUGUGCCAUGGCAAAGUUAUCAAUCACAAUAUAGAUAUUCUAGAUCUCCUAACAAUCAUUCUUUUCGUGGUAUUAAUCAAAGAUUCCGUUAUAUGACACCUAGAGGACGUAGAUCUCAUUCGUAUGACUAUAAUUUGAGAUUUUAUGGUGGUUUCCCUUUUUUUGAACGAGGAAGAAGCAAUGGAAUGUUUCAUUCAUACAGAUCAAUCCAUGGCGGUAGAUACCAAAAAAAAGGCUUUAGAUCUAAUACAACGCAGAAGCAAAAUAGAUCAAUAGAAUGUGAUCAAAAUUCGACAUCCUCAUUAAAAAAAAGCAUAUCUUCAAAAUCUCAAGAUAGUGAUAUUGAAAUUAUAAACAUUAAUGAUAACAAGACAAUAGAUGAAGCUAAUACAUUAUGUAGUGAGCCUUUAAUUAAUAGCAAGAAUGAUCAUUCAAAUGAGCCAUUAAAUGAAGAAAUAGAGAACAUUCCUGCUAAAAACAUCAAAGAAAAAAGUGUUGUUAACACACAUUCUGCCAAUAAUUCAUUAGAAUUAAAACAUAAUUUGGAAGAAAAUUCAGAAAUAAUAUCAUCUAAUGAUACUAAAUGUAAAGAUGUUACAGUUCAUGCUUUGAGUGAUAAUUUCAGUGAAAAUUCUGCAAAUAAUUCUUAUGAUGAUAAUAACAGCAAUCAAGAAAAUGAAAUAAGUAAAAAUGAUAUAAAUAAUACAAAUAGUUUUAGUGAUUUUUGUAUUUCUGACAAUUCCAAAAACGUGGAAGCAUUGAACAUAAAUAAAAAAUGUGAACUUGAUAAAGAUGAAACUAUAAAACAUACUGAAGAAAAAAGUAAUCAAGAACAAAAUAAAAGUAUAAAUAAUGAAGAAGAUAAAACAGUUGAAACAAUUGAUACAAAUGAAAAUAAAGAAAUUAAAGAAAUUUAUAAGUUAAAAGAACAAGAACAUAACAAAAAUGAAGAAUUAACAAAUCUCAGUCAGAAGAUAGAAUCUGGAAACAAUUGUAGGAUUACUGUUUUAAAUUCUUUAAAGGAAAAAGAAACAGCAAAUAAUGAUACAGUAUUAAAUGAAAAAGAUAAAGAUCACAAAAGAGAAGAAAUUUUUAAAAAUAAAAAAGAGGAAAUUUUAUUUGAAAAUAUAAAAUUAAAGGAAAAUCAUGAAAACAGUAAUUCUAAGUCAGCAACUGUAUUAAAUGAUGUAAUUAAUGAUAAAAAUGUUAACGUAUCAGAAAAGCCAUUUAUUGAGAGUGAAAAUUGUGAUAAUCAAUUAAAAGGUAGUGAUAAUAGUACAAAUUCUAGCAAAAGUAAUAAAUCGAAUGCUUCUGAAAAUCAGCUAACUCAUUCUAAAAUUGAUCUUUGGAAACAAAAUAAAGAUAUUACUGAAAAAGAUAUGAAUUUUACAAAGAAAGAGAAUUCAAUAGUAACUUCUACAAGUAAAACAAAUGAAAACACUGAAUUGAUGUUAAAUAAAAAUAAUUCAUCUAGUAUAGAAUUAAAAAAUGAUUUAUUAGGUUUUGUUACUGAUACAAAAAAUAACGAUGACGAUAAAAGAUCUGUUAAAGUUCCUGUGACUACUCAAAAAAGGAGAAGACGAUCAAAGAAAGAAAUUCUUGCAGCACAAGAAGCUAUUUGUGAAGAAGAAAAACAAGUAAGGGAAAGUGGAAGACAAAAGAGACAAACAGCUAAAAAUGCAGAAGAGAUAAUAAGAAAAAAAUUUCUUACCUUUGAUAGUGAGGUAGAAUCCAGCGAUGAUUCAGAAAAAUUUGUAGCUGUAAAUUAUAAAAUGAAUCAAGAUGCACGUCCUUUAUCACCACCUUCAUUAAAAAGGAUUUAUUCUGAUAAUACUGAUAAUCCUAUUAUAAAUGGUGGUGUUAAAAAAAUUAAAACAAAUUUUGAAGAACAAUGUGAUGAAUCGCGAGAAAAUAAUUCUGAAAACAUUAAAAAACUUAAGUAUAUUCAUAAAUUUUUCCAAAGAGAUUUAAAUGAAAAACUGCCAAAAUUAAAACAGGAAGAAUUAGAAGAACUUCUGAUACAAAAAAUUGUCGAAACAAUUACUAUGCGCGACGAAAUUGGUAAAUUAAGAGAACAAGCACGUAUAUCAGAAAAAAAUCAAGAAGUAACUCGUGCAAAAUGUCAACAAUUAGCUAAACAAAUUAAAGAUUUUGAAAUGGUAUUAAGCCGUAAUGCGGCAGAUCGGCGUGCGAAUAACGAGAAAUCUAUUCCACCAAUUAAAAUCAAUAGAUCUGUUGGAUUACAAGUUAAUUUUAUAACGGAUCAUGGAAUGCAAAAUUUGAGACAAUUACAACAAAAUUCUAAUAUGAAGUCUUUAAAUGUUUCAAGUAGUAAUAAUACAUUAAGUACUUCUAUUAAUGAAACGAAUAAUGCAUCCAGUCCUAGAAGAGGUAUUAAAAUAAGAUCACCUAGAAGAACUGAGCCAAUAAUUGGACAAACUUCUGGGGUAUCACAAAAUCCUACUCAAUCACCAAAUAUUAUGACUACAAUUACUCCUGCAGCUUUAGUUGUUGCUAAACCUGUAGAUACUCAGCAUCCUUUAACACUAUCAAAUCAAUCUAAUGUUCAACAAAUUAUGUCAAAUCCACAAGUACAAUCACAACAACCACAGCAAGCUAUAGUUUUAAAUGGAAAAUUUUCAAAUCAGAUAAAUCGUCAAGGAACAACUACAACAAAUAUCACAAAAUCUCAUGCAAAUGAUUUAAUUGAUCUCACAGAUGAAGAAGAAAAAAACAGAACUACUGGUAUACCAGUUGUAACAACUACAGUAACUGAUCAACAAGUAAAUUUAACACAGAAAACGCAACAGCCUUGCUUUCAAAGAGUUAUUCAGACCAUUCCUGGGAAUGUAGCCAUAACAAGUCAGCCUCCUAGUAUAAGAGUAGUACAACCUGCUAGUCAACCAACACCUACUGCCUUAGUGAAUAAUAUGAAUGCGCCUCGAUUAGCAUAUGUGAUGCAAAGUGGCGUAGGACCAACAAGGCAAUUAUUAAUAGCACCAAAUUCCAGUCCGAUGCGGCCAGUAACUUCAUGUAGAGCUUCAUUUCCAACUUUAACGUACAAAACGGGAAUAUCAACAAUUGCAAAUGGAACAGUUCGAGUUUUGACAACUCCAGCUACUGCAAAUGUACAGUUAAAUAAGCAUCCUGCACCCUUACCAGAUAUACGGAAUUAUGCUGUAAAUUCUCUUUGGAAACUUCCACCACCAGCUCCUUCAUUAAAAAUUUCUAAGGUUGCACAUGGCAUAGUGUUAUCUUGGAAUAUGAAUUUGUCGGAUAAGCAUGCAGAUAUUGUCAGUUAUCAGUUGUAUGCAUACCAAGAAAUUGCUGGUGUUCCUCCUAAUACAUCAUUAUGGAAAAAAGUAGGCGAUGUUCGAGCUUUACCACUGCCUAUGGCGUGUACACUUACGCAGUUUUCUGAAGGCAAUAAUUAUUACUUCGCAGUUCGAGCAGUUGAUACACAUUCCCGGAAAGGACAGUAUAGUAUACCCGGAAACAUUUCUUUAUAAAGUAUACGAUAAAUUUUAAGUUAUUAUGUUAAUGUUAUUUUUAACGCACAAUUAUAACAAUUCAUGACUCAUGUAACAACAAAUUCCCCUUUUACAUUAUCGUUUAAUUUAUUACAUUCAUUAUGUGUAAGAUACAUUUAAUGGAAUUACAGAAAUGUUUAUAAUGGUUAAGUAUGAUGUAUAGACUACACAUACAUACAAACGAAUUUGUUGUAUAGUAGUAAAUAUCCAUUUAAUUGUAAGUAAUUCAUAGAAUUCUUGAUAACUAUGAUAUAAUUGUAGCUAACGUAUUUUUUUCUCUUUUUUAUAUAUAUUUUAGUUUAUGAAAUCAAAAAAUACAAAUUUUAAUUUUGACAGUAUGUAGUUUACAUCCUUACGUCUUUGCUCACAAAAUUUCGUGCCAUGUCUUAUGAAUUUCGUGCCAUAUGUACUAUCGUUUAAUAGUAUUAUAGAUAUUAUUGUAUACUGUCAUUUCUACAAAUUUGAUAUCUGAUAGUAUACAAUAAUUAAUUAUUAAAUACAUUAAAUUAUUUUGAAUUUCAAGUAUCGAGACAAAAACAAGACAAAAUACUCUAGUCAUAAUGAAUUUUUGUAGUAAUUAUUUCAAUAUUUACCUUUCAUAAAGACUGCUACAGUUGGAAACUAUACACUUGUAUAAAUCUGCUAUUGAUAUUAUUAUUGAAAGUGUUCAUAAAUAUUGCUUCCCUAUGUUUUAUAUAUAAAAUAUCAUCUAUUUUCAUCUUUGAUCAAAUUUAUUUUAUUUUUAUUGUUUCUUAUCGUAAAUGAAUAUUGCUAUAUAUCAUUUGCUCAAUUUUGAUACAAUUGUAAUAAAUUUUAAAUGUUAAAUAAUAAAAUACUCCAUAGAUUUUGUGACAUAGAACAAACUACGAAUUACUUUAUAUUAGUAUGUAAAUAUUAAUGUUUAUAUGUUCUGAUUUUUAAUAUUUGUAUUGAAAAUAUAAUAAUCUAUAAUAUAAUUAUCUAAUAUCAUAUUUUUAAGUUUUACUCAUUUUUGUGUCAUAAAAAUGUAUAAUAAAAUGAUUGCUCAUUUUUUA